UGUGAAAGCUUCGUGCAGUUUGGAGAACCAGUAUUUAAUACGACGAAGGUUCACGUUUCCAAUAAUGCCUUCUGGCUGUCCAACGGAAGAUUUUCUAUCAUAUUUUCCUCGCAUACCGACACCAACAUAGUCAAACGUGUGUACUCCAUAUUGCCUGCCUAGUGCUGUCAUCAUCAGUAAGCAUAAAGAAGCUAGCAAAAAUCGAUAAGCAACCUUGAAAGCUAAACCCUGCGAAAUUCAGUGUAAAAAUUUGACAAAGGAAGAGUUUUCGAGAACAAAAUUUUGCACUUCCGCAGCCCAGUGGUGUGCCGUGUCCGGUUAUUAUUCAACGAAUAUCGUACUGUUUUCCGUGCAAAAUUGUGACCUGGUGCAAGUGCUAGCGCAAGAUGUGUGAAUCGCCAUUAGACGGGAAAAUUUCUGCUUACGAAAUCCAAAGCAAAAAGACUGAGUUUACGUCAUGCUUCAACGCGCUUAUCAGUCGCUGAAUGGCUGCUGAAAAGUGUCCAGUUCCGAACAAGAAGUGCUCGUCGUCAACCUGCGAACCACCCGGACGUGGAGUUGGAGUCGUGUUCUCUUGCAUUCGCUUAUCUGUAUAUAAUGUAUAUAUUCAAGCUUGAAAUAUCCUUUCUUUAAUACGCUCUACCACCAAAAAAAAUUGUACGGUACGAGCCAUACAGCGCACAACGCACCGUUUCGUUAAAAAUUAUCUAAUAAUAGUAAUAAUAGCAAGUACACACGGACGAAAGUUUUGAGUCCAGUGCCGGACAGUCAGCUGCAAUCGUCGGAGUAAAGUUUCCGCAAUCUCGAACACGCUAGCUCCAAAAAAAGCUACCGUUCAAAUUGGAACCCAAAGUUCAGCGCAGCUGCCCAAAAACGGAUCUCGCAGAUAACCGAGACAGCAAAGCGCUGCACGAUAAGAAGGACCAAAAGCCGGACGAGAUGGCAACUGCUCUGAAAAGUCACAAAGGGCCCGGCGGUGGCGGUGGGAAAACAAACUGGAUGGCCCACGUCAAGUACGAACAUCUGGUGGCCGGAAUAUCCGGUGGAGUGACGUCGACACUGCUGCUACAUCCGCUCGAUCUGAUUAAGAUUCGUUUCGCAGUAAACGAUGGCCGAACAGCUGCGGUGCCACAGUAUCGCGGACUGACCGGUGCAUUCCUCACCAUUUUCCGACAGGAAGGUUUCAAAGGUCUGUACAAAGGAGUCACUCCCAACAUCUGGGGUUCGGGCAGUGCGUGGGGAUUUUAUUUCCUUUUUUAUAAUAGCAUUAAAACCUGGAUCCAGGACGGUAACAGUGCCCAACCGCUCGGGCCUUCACUGCACAUGUUGGCCGCAGCCGAAGCAGGAAUCAUGACACUAGUAAUGACCAACCCGAUCUGGGUGGUGAAGACACGCCUGUGUUUGCAGUAUUCCGAGCCGGGCGGUUCAAACAACACGUACGCCGGAAUGGUCGAUGGUCUGAAGAAAAUCUACCGCACCGAAGGUGUCCGGGGAUUGUACAGCGGUUUCGUGCCUGGAAUGCUUGGUGUCUCUCACGGUGCUCUGCAGUUUAUGACCUAUGAGGAAAUGAAAACCAAGUAUAAUUUGAAUCGUAAACGGCCUAUAGAUGCUAAACUGACUACCGUAGAGUAUUUGACGUUCGCCGCUGUUUCGAAGCUGAUUGCCGCUGCCGCCACAUAUCCUUACCAGGUGGUGCGGGCCCGUCUGCAGGAUCACAACCACCGGUACAAGGGUACCUGGGACUGUAUCAAGCUGACCUGGAGAUAUGAAUCAUGGCAUGGCUUCUAUAAAGGGCUCGGUCCGAACUUGUUGCGCGUGAUGCCGGCCACUAUGGUUACGUUCGUUACGUACGAACACGUUUCGCGCUAUUUGUUGACCAAGUAGACCUAUCGACGCGCGCACACACACGCACUCAGAGAGAGAGAGAGGGUUCCUUCAAUAGACGAAACUGGCACCAAUGCUGGGGUCAGUUUCGUUCCCACGGGUCAGUGGGGACCGCAUUACAAAUGUGGCCUUCACUCGAGUUCCCGGGGGGUUUCUCCUUAUAUCAUCACCAAAUAAAGUCUAGUUCUAGAUAGAUCAUAUACCGUUUGCCGUUCCACUAGAGGCGGCUACUAAGGCAGCCUGAACUGUGGGGACGUGUAGCAAUAGCUAAACUGUGUAGGAUAUACAAUUUAACUUCAGUCAAACAGAGGAGCAGCAGCGCCUUGUCUUGAUUCGAGAUCAUCGUUAAUCAAUCGUUAGCAAUUUAUCAUUUGUAUGUUAGUUUCUCUAGUACACGUUAGAAAUUUUUUCAAACCGACUAA